GUUCCCAACAGCUGACAGACGGCGAAAGCCUCUGCCAGAGCUGUCGGUGGAAGAGAGUAGCCUCUCGUUGGUAGCCUGUACGGACUGAAAAUACAAGCCGAGCUGGACUUUGGAUCGCUUCUCAAGCUCGGUUUCCGUCGAGCGUCUUGUUUUGAUAAAAAUAUAUAUAUAUAAAUAAUUCUUUGCAUCCUGACUUUUCCAGAUUAGAAGCUGGGGACAUUUGCUGUCAGCUAACUUCCACAAUAGGUUGCUGCGUCGCUGGACUGCUGCAUAUGUUUUGAGCUUAACAGUUUGACUCCAGCCCUUCCAGCCGUGCCCAAUGCUGAGGAAUGGAUAGUGUGUCUGCUAAAGGUGGGAAGAUGGUCGAGAGUGAUGAGCAGCCGAAGAGGGAUAACGUUAGUGGCGGUGGCGCAGCGAUGGCCGCACUACAUCAAUGCGAACUCAUCCAGAAUAUGAUUGAAAUCUCCAUCUCCAGUUUACAGGGGCUACGGACCAAAUGCGCCGCGUCCAACGACCUCACGCAGCAAGAAAUACGCACUUUAGAGGUGAAGCUGAUGAAAUACAUCUGUAAACAGCUGCAGUGCAAGCAGAAAGUGCCAGAGACAGAGAGGCCCGAGGCCCUGGACAGCUACCCACACUUGGGAGACUGGCUACGCACCAUCAACCUGCGACCGGAGCUCAUAGAGCAGCAGCACCAGAAUGUGGAGACAUUAUGGAUGCUCUCGUGA